AAAAAGAAUAGACGUUGAUUGGUGGACAUUGAAUAUCACUACAAUCACUUUUAGAUAUUAAAACUUUUUGUGUUUACAUGUUUACAAAAGCUUUCGAAUUGUAGUAUAAUUUUAUCAGUGCUGGUUACACAUUACUUCAUGUGCAAGUAAAAUGUCAGGUAAAAUAAAUAUUGUAAAGGGUAAAACAAAAAUGGUAAAGGAUACAAUGAGAGACAGAUUAAUUAUUAGGUUUGUGAAACCACGCGUGUGUUUAUAUCAAAGAAAAUUAAACGUACAGGAGAGAAGUACAGGCUGGAAAGAGGUACUCGAUUGUAUGACAAUUGUAGGAUACUCAAAUUUAAAAGUACCGGAGUUGACGAAAAUAUGGACCUUUUAUAGAGACAAAUUUGUGAAGGCUCAUAAAAAAUUAUUGGAAGAUCCAAAUACAAAAACAUUCGAUUUCUAUGAUGAUCUCCUAUUCUUGGAAUCUCACAUUGCUCAUGCUCACGGAAACAGGUAAAGAAAUUAGUUUUAAAUUUUAUUUUAUUUCAUUUAAUUUUCACUUAAUUUUUGCUUAACUCAACUUCCACACAACUUCCAUUUCACUUUCACUUCAUUUUCAAUUCACUUUUUACUUCACUUUCACCUCACUUUCACUCCACUUUCACAUUACUUUCACUUUCACAUCACUUUCACAUCACUUUCACUUCAUAUUCACUUCUACUUCACUUAAUUUUCAAUUCACUUCUAAUUAACUUUCACUUUCAUCUAACUUUCACUUCAAAUUCAUAAUCACGUCACUUUCACUUUACUUUCACUUCAUAUUCACUUCAAUUUCACUUCAAUGUUACUUCACUUUUACUUCACUUUCACCUAUAUUUCAAUUCACAUUCACUUUAAAUUUUUUCUUUUAGUGGCGAGGUAAAUGACGUUGAUGAGCCUCCUGUUCCUCAGCCGCAGAAUCCUAAUCAUGCGAUAGUCGAAAAUUUAGCUACUGCAAAUGCUGCAGGAACAGAAGACGA